UUGCAUCUUUGGGCUGUUUUACCCUUGGUGAUCCCCCUUGGAUAGGUUACAUAUCGUAAAACUGAUAUCAUUCCGAGAUCGCAGCUCCAACUGCCGCGCUCAGCGGUAUAAUAGAUAUGUCAAAGGCAUUGGUGCAGUAGCGAAUGCAUCUCGAUCACGCGCAAGCGACCGCACACCACCCUCGAGCCGCACUUGCAUUUGAGGUUUCGUUGCAGCGGCAUAUCAAAUCCUCUGCCCUCCCACGAACCAGGCUCCGAAGAACUCAAUCAGCCCACAAUGCCCUCAUGGUGCUUUCUCAUCCCAGUCCACCCAGUCGCUCGGGCGCCCGAGUCCAACCCUGCGGCAAUCCAACAAAACAACUUCAGCCGACAUUAACCAUUCUCCUUUUUUUGGUUUUAUCCUGAGAAGUCUCUGACUCUCAGCUGACACCUGGUCCAGGUGUCCAGGUUUGACAGCGCUGCAUCAGGCACCAGAAGGAGUGAAAAAGAUGAUAUCCCCCUCGCAGGAGCGGAUACCACCGGAAAUGCGCUCCGAUUUUGAUUGGAGCGGGUAAAAUGUCUGGAUAAAUGUCGAGCAUUUCGUGGGGUGGGGUCCUGUGCUUCAAGCUCUCCCAGAGCUCGAUCCUUCACCUGCAACACCAGGAAAAGAGACCAAGAUGGGCGCCGUGUAAAGCCAUGGAAUCCAUGGCGUAAUGCCCGCCCUGCAGUGGGGGUUUUCUCUACAGCAUGGUAUCGAGCCCAACCUUCCAGGCCACCGAGAUUGUCACACUGGUGGUCACCGGUCAGGUACACGCGCAUGGAGGGGCACUUUGGAGGAGAAGCUCCCCGCACUCGCCCCCCUCCAUCCAGUUCAUCCAUCGUUGCGGUCCUCCUGGUAGGUUCUGGCCAUCUGGGAUAUCUCCGAGAAGCGGGUUUACUCUUCUUGCUGGGAGAUUGAACAUUAGCUCCUGAGUUGGGGUGGCUCGACUUGGCUUUCGUAUAUAUUCGUAGGCCCUGGUGUCUUUCUUCUCUCUCUCUCUUGUCCAUCCUUUUUCUUGACAAUCCCCUAAUCAGUUCCGCUCCGCAAGCAAGCGCUGAUAGCUCAUUGAAUCUCUCUUAUUCUUUCUUGUACAGUUCUUGCCAGCCCUCCUAUAGUCACAAUGUCUUCCAACCUUUCUUUCGUCCUCAACAAGCCCAAUGACGUCUCCUUCGAGGAGCGCCCAAUCCCCAAGCUCAAGUCCCCCCACGAUGUUCUCGUCGCCAUCAACUACACCGGCAUCUGCGGCUCUGAUGUCCACUACUGGGUCCACGGUGCCAUUGGCCACUUCGUCGUGAAGGACCCCAUGGUCCUCGGCCACGAGUCCGCCGGUACCGUCGUUGAGGUCGGCUCCGGAGUCACAGACCUCAAGAAGGGCGACCGUGUUGCCCUCGAGCCCGGCUACCCCUGCCGCCGCUGCCCCGACUGCCUCGGCGGCAGCUACAACCUCUGCCACGAGAUGGUCUUCGCCGCCACACCCCCUUACGACGGCACGCUAACAGGCUUCUGGUCCGCUCCCCACGACUUCUGCUAUAAGCUGCCCGACAACGUGUCUCUCCAAGAGGGCGCCCUCAUCGAGCCUCUCGCCGUGGCUGUUCACAUCGUCAAGCAGGCCCGCGUCCAGCCUGGCAACAGCGUUGUCGUCAUGGGCGCCGGUCCCGUCGGCCUCCUCUGUGCCGCCGUCGCUGCCUCCUUCGGCGCCACCAAGAUCGUCCAGGUCGACAUUGUCCAGUCGAAACUGGACUUUGCCAAGUCCUUCGCCGCCACCCACACCUACCUCUCCCAGCGUGUCUCCGCCGAGGAGAAUGCCAAGAACCUCAUCGCCUCUGCCAACCUCGGCAAGGGCGCCGACGUUGUCAUUGACGCCUCCGGUGCCGAGCCUAGCAUCCAGACCUCCCUCCACGUUGUCCGCAUGGGUGGCACCUACGUCCAGGGCGGCAUGGGCAAGUCGGACAUCAACUUCCCUAUCAUGGCUCUCUGCCUGAAGGAGGUGACGGCCCGUGGCUCGUUCCGCUACGGCAGCGGUGAUUACAAGCUUGCUAUUGAGCUCGUGGCCGCUGGCAAGGUUGACGUCAAGAAGCUCGUCAAUGGCGUCGUUGCGUUCAAGGAUGCCGAGUCGGCGUUCAAGAAGGUCAAGGAGGGUGAGGUCAUCAAGAUUCUCAUUGCCGGCCCCAACGAGAAGGUGGAGACCGAGCUUGACACCUCUGUUGACCCUGCCAAGCUUGAGGCGGCCAAGGGCAACACUGGCUGCUGCUAAGCAAGCAAUAUCAAUAAAGUUAAACUAAAAACAACCGGAGAGAAGGGGAAAAGAACUUGCAUGGUGGGUGUUAUGGCGUACCGGACGGCAUUGGGACAUGGGACCUUGGUCUUUAGCAUACAUAUCAUAAAUUUUCUUUUAUUUGACGUCUUUAGCAGCAGAGUUGUAGGGACCUUGGCUUGUCCAAACGACUCUUGGCAGGUCACUAAUGUAUUUGAGAAUGCAACGUCUUAUUCCUGCG